AUCGGCUCCACCCGGCAAGCAAUACUAGCCGGCGUCGCCCUACAACGCCUCCUUAAGCCGUCUGCCAAGCCUUCCACAGAGUCGGAUUCCAUAUUUGUGCCGGCUCCUCCUGAAGCAGUCGGAUUCAACUCGAGGACCCCAGCAGCCGGCACUGGGAAUUCGGUAGGCGGCCCGGGGACUGCAGCAGCCGCAUCCGGCCAGGGGACUUCAGAACCCGGCCCGGGGACUGCAGCUGUCGGCCCGGGGACUUCAUCAACUCAGCAAGCGGCAUCCGACUCCAACCCGCCGCCUCCUGGCCCAACCGCCCUCGUGCAAGUAGCAGUCCUAGCAAUCGAAGAAAUUGCAACACCUUCAUGGGCUCAGCCCAUCCUCAACUUCCUGGUGAACAAAGAGCUGCCGACUAAUGAGAUCUCGGCCCGGCAAGUCCAACGCCGGGCAGCAGCGUACACCAUCGUCAACAGAGAACUUGUGAGGCGCAGUGUCACUAGUGUUUACCAGCGCUGCGUAGAGCCGGAGCAAGGCCAAGCAAUCCUCAAAGAUAUCCAUCAAGGCGAGUGUGGUCACCACGCGGCUUCAAGAGCACUCGUGGCCAAAGCUUUCCGCCACGGUUUUUUCUGGCCGACUGCUCUAGAAGACGCCAAAGACUUGGUCCAGAAAUGCAAAUGGUGCCAGAAGUUCCGCUCCAAGCCACAUCAGCCGGCUUCUGCACUCAAGACCAUCCCCAUUGCCUGGCCCUUCGCGGUCUGGGGG